CCAAGGUUCGCUUCGCUCAUCUCCAAUGGAUAGUAUGUGACAUCACAUGAAUACAGACGAACAGCACCAAUUAGUAGCCGAAAAUGUGUUGGAGCCUGCUUCGCAAUGAAUUUAACCUUGAUCAACUUCGUUUGCGAUAUCCAAACCCAGCACACUUCGCGGAAUCUCCUGUAAGUUUUUACAGUAUAAAUCACAGCUUUGUAUUACCUUUUUUGUACUAUAAAUUAGGAAUGCACGGCCCUUUUCACUGCAAAAUUACGGGCAUACUGCAGUAGUAAAUGCCUGGUUUUAAUUACGUAAUGUAUUCAUCAAAGGAAUACUGUAAUAAAUAACUUCUUGAUACGCAUCACAUGGUUCACAUGGACCGACACAAAUUCAAACCUUACUUGAAUUCAUGUGAAUUACUGACUGAGUUUGUGGUUUUGAAAAAUGAGCUUCCCAGGAUAGCUUACAACCUGGAUUAUUAUUCUUAUAUUACAUAUCAGUUUCCCACAAGGACCUCUAUCUAAUGCAGGAAAGCGAGGAAACUAACCUUGGAUUUUGCAAACACCUGUAGAAUACUUUGUGGGAAGGUCUAGCCUCUUCUCUUUGCCCUAUAGUUUAUUUUGAUCUUAUCGCGAGGUUGCGAGGUCAUUUAAAGACAUUAUUUUGUCAUGCCUAUUUGUAUUUUGUUGAGAAUUGGGAUAUAUAAAGACUUCUGAAGAGGUCGACUUUUUUAUUUAAUAGAGUUUGAAACGUUGCGUAGCCUAUGUUCGAUCAUGUUACUCUUGCUUUUCAGGCAGCCGGAGGUGGCGGCGGGGGGGGGGGGGGGGGGGUUUAAUCACGAAAAUUUUACUAGGGGUAGCUCUGCCCAAAUGUCCAGCCCGUUUCUCUUUUAUAACUAUACAACUGUCCGUAUAGCCUCCACAGAAAGAACUCCCUUUCUAAACCAUUGCAGUGAAAUAUUACGGUUCAAGCAUUACCAGAAGUCAGGCCUCCCGCGGAAGUAGGUGUCGAAUAGUCCCGGGAAUAGUCGUAGUGAGCAAACUACUCGAGCUCGCGUGAAAUCACCACGAGACCAAAAUACUUAAAUCACCUUGCGUGAUGAGAGCAGGCUCGCCUACCCCACCCUUGAGGAAAAUGAGGACUAUACCGCAAGUUGCCUUCACGUCGCGGCGUGCCCUUUUAGAUACCCCAAUGACAAAUUUUCUUACCCUUAAUGCACAGGCGAUUCCCCUAUCCUUUUAUGUACUUGAAACCUGAAAAAGCUACCCCUUCAUUCGAGCAGAAUUCGUUCUGUAUGAGUGAAGUUUUCCUUCCUGGACCCAUUCAACUUUAAUAAAUUAGUAAGCAACAACGUCGUUGAUCGUUUAGUUACGUUGAUCGUUGUGUUACGACCGUUGAAUAUGUGAGAAUUGUACAUAGUAGUUGUUGGAUUGCAUUAAAUCGUGUUGUUACAUCGAAAGAUACAGUCCUCUUGAUUUGUUUGAACCAGCGGAGCGGGGUUUAAAGAAUUCCGCAACAUUUCCAGCGAUACCUCGUUUUGGAUAUUCUGACCAAUCCUGACAGAGUUACCCUCACUAAAAAAGGUAACAUUUAAGGGAAAAAUCCACCUCCAAUUUCGCUCUUUACAUACUACUCUUUGAAAAUUAAAUCUGUCCCUUUCCUUAGAAGUUAGCCAGCCACAAUUCCAUGAAAAAGAAAGACGAUAAAGUGGGCAACAAAAUCGCUAAUAAAGAAGAAAGGCAAAGGAAAAAAAGAGUGCAAGAGAGAAAGAUGGAAGCAGAUUCGCAAAAAAAAAGUCCAAAUUUUGGCUUUUGCGCAUGCGUGAAAAACAAAAAGCUGUUUAAUUAAGUCAGAUUAGUCGGAAAGUAUGCCUUUUCUUGUAAAACUCAUUUUUAGCCAUUCUUAUGCUAAUUAGCCGAAAGCUAGUCCAAAAAUGGAGAAUUGAUGAAAAGUCACAUGCGGUUUAUUCGCUACUUGCUGGCCGUCACCAAAGGGUUAAUGUCUAUAUGAGCAGUUAUUAGCUCCGUCCGGCAGCUAGCGGCCCAGCGCCUCUUCUGCCUGCUGCCACCAGUCCCCCGAGCUUAUGCGCACACUGAGCCCUUGAUAUUUGUGUGGCAUGAACUGACAUCAGAGGUGGGUAGACCAUAUCACCGGGCAGACUUCCUCGCCUCAUUCGAACAGUAACACUUUAAUCAAAGAAAGAUGAAGGGUCAAUGGCUUUACAAAGUUCCCCUCCUCCCCAGGCGCGGAUCCAGGAGAGGUAAAAUGGGUGAAUUUUCACCCCCCCUUUUUUCUGAGCCCCCUUCUUUCUUUUUUUUUUUUGUUUUCUUAUCCCUCAAAGUUGCUCUUGCAAAAGCAACUAAGCACAAAGCCAACCCGGCAACUGAUGAGGUUCGUGUGGAGAACCGAAACCAUGGUCUUGCCUGAUCACAAACUGUGGCAAUAACAAAACAGUUUAAGGACUGUUAAGCUUACUCAAAGCUAUUACCAAGAGAGGAACUACGCGCUCCAGUCAAAAGACUCACACUAUCUUUAGAAAACACCAAGCUGGAGUUUACUGAGUCACAUUUCAAUUCUCCAUGGUAAAUUUAUGUAGCUUCAGUUUAGGCUGCAGUUCACUCUUAUAAUUUUGGAUCUGUAAGUCACUAUCCUUGAUAAUUUAACAUUCUGCAAAGAAUACUGACGAGCUGGGCCCAGCGUGAUACAGCAUUGCAGAAAAACAUUACACUCACGGACUAGAGAAAAUCGCUUAAUUAUUCAGAUCCAGAACCCUUUUUCAGAACCCUUUUUCAGCCGCAAUAAAAAACCUUUACGCUUCAAAAGAGGUCAAAGAAAAUGCGUUUGCAUCAGAGGGCAAAUCCUGCCGACCAGAAAACAAUAACUACAGUCAAUCGAUAUGUAUGUCACGACCUCUCAGUGUGAACCAUGCGGCUAAAAUCACAUUUGGUCAGUAUAAAUGCAGAACCUUCCAGAGCAUAAUCUACCCAGCAGAUAAAAACAAUUUUACUGGAAUCAGCGGCAUUUUGGCAUGAGGUAAAAGUCGGGUAGGCCUACCACCCCCUUUUAUUGCUAUUCAUCGGAAAUCAAUCAUGCUGAUGCACAGACCUCAAACACCUCAACUAGGCUUUGGUUCUAUUACAUUAUUACAAAAAUUCACCCCCCCCAUUUCAAAAUCCUGGAUCCGCGCCUGCUCCCCCAAAUGGUGCAGGGAUAUGUAUCGACAUCAUCAUUACAUUAUCAUUAUAACACACUCAAAAAAAGGGCCAGAUUCUAGUUUGACAUAUUUAGCCUCGAGGAGAAAAGUACCCCAGAAUUUACAUUACAUUCUUACUGUAAUACGUUUUAUUCAGUACUAUUUGAUUAUUUCUCUCUGCUUUCAGUGGUUUGGUGUGUUGUUUGUAUUGCUGUAUCGGCUUGCCAUCGCCAUCUUCUGUACUGGUGGGAUAAUAGCAGGUGGAGUUCGUUAUCCAGACACCCGUGAAAAGUGGUUUAGUUUCCUCAGUAACUGGACUUUCCUGUUUGUCACCCUGUAUUUCAUUUGUGCAACUAUCGUAACGGCCAUCCACUACAAGAAAGACCGCAAGCAGCAAGAAAACGAAUGGAACGGCGUCGCCUCGCAACGAGACUAUCGCAGUGCUAACGCAAGUACACGUGAUGAAGCACGUGAUUAUUUGGUAGCCAACCCUCUGUGUGACGAUGAAGAAAUGCUGUUGGCUGGAGACGCCCCUGAAGUGUUACAGUCCACACCGAUGAGUUGGUUUCACCAAGCAUUGUGGGUAAUAUACGACAUUGCUUCGGUAGCCGCCAUCCUCGUGACCAUCUCCUUCUGGUCGUUGAUCUAUAAAACACUGAACAACCAAAUAAGCGUUAUUACCAUUAUCAUUCACGCAGUUAAUUCUUUCGUAAUAGUCGCUGAUACCAUGCUUAGCUCAGUACCCGUGCGCCUACUUCAUAUUGUUUAUCCAAUGCUCUAUACAACUACUUACGCUUUGUUUACGGUUGUUUAUUGGGCAUACGGUGGAACAAGUCCAAGUGGGGCAAAGUAUAUUUAUCCUGUGACAGACUACACAGGGAGACCAGUUUACUCCGCUGUAGCUCAGUUAUGCUUAUUCUUUCUAGGACUCCCUUUGUGCCAGUGUUUAGUAUUCAGUAUUUACUGUCUCCGAGUAUGGAUCAAAAACAACUACGCGCACUAGCCGUGUUACCUUAUGAGGAAACACAACUUCUCUAACCGAAAAUGGUCAUAUGCAACAAAAUUGAGUAUACUAUUUUUGCGAACUUACCUAAGAUUUACUCUUUUAGCGGCGUUCUUUUGAAAUAGUUUUUUGGUGAAAACCAUAGAAAAUAGCGAACUGGCUUAUUUACGUGUCAGUGACUCUUUUUUUCUGAUCCAAAUUACUCAAAUUCAAAAACCGG